CCCGAAGUGCUCGCGCCAGGAGAGCGGGUUGCUGGUGCUUGACAUGGCGGCAGUGGCGGCGACUGCAGCGACGAAGGGGCAUGAAGGGGGCAGUGGCCGGGCCGGAGCUAGCAAAGCCAGCGGCAUGCGGAAAAGGAAGGGCCCGGGGCCUUUGGCCACGGCGUGCCUGGUCAUCUACAAUGUGGUGAUGACGGCGGGGUGGUUGGUUAUAGCAGUUGGUCUGGUCAGAGCAUACUUGGCUAAGGGGAGCUACCACAGCCUUUAUUAUUCAAUUGAAAAGCCUUUGAAAUUCUUCCAAACUGGAGCCUUACUGGAGAUUUUAUAUUGUGCUAUAGGAAUUGUUCCAUCUUCCGUUGUCCUGACUUCUUUCCAGGUGAUGUCAAGAGUUUUUCUGAUAUGGGCAGUAACACAUAGUGUCAAAGAGGUGCAGAGUGAAGACAGUGUUAUCCUGUUCGUUACUGCCUGGACAAUCACAGAAAUUAUCCGUUACUCCUUUUAUACAUUCAGUCUAUUAAACCAUCUGCCUUACCUCAUCAAAUGGGCCAGGUACACACUUUUCAUUGUGUUGUACCCAAUGGGAGUGUCGGGAGAAUUGCUCACAAUAUACGCAGCUCUGCCCUUUGUCAGACAGACUGGCCUCUACUCCAUCAGUUUACCUAACAAGUACAAUUUCUCCUUUGACUACUAUGCAUUCCUAAUUUUAAUAAUGAUCUCCUACAUUCCAAUUUUCCCCCAGCUAUACUUCCACAUGAUGCACCAGAGGAGAAAGAUCCUUUCUCAUACUGAAGAACACAAGAAGUUUGAAUAAUUCCUGCUUUCUGCACCAUCCAAACCCCCCAAAACCAAACUUUUCAAUGAUCAAAAAAUGCUGCAGACUUUUUGAGUUCCCAAUACGUUUCAUAGAAAAUAAGUAAGAACUAUUUUUAAAAUAUUUUAAAAAACAAAACAAAAACCAAAAUCCAGUGUCACAUGGGCCUGGGAUUUUAUAGAAAUUUAAAUAAAUAAAUAAAUAAAU